AUGCAACGUCGAUGUGAAAGUCUGCAAGAGUUUGCUAAGCUCAAGAUAUCCGAUCAUCGCAACAGCACCACCCAUUACCAUGGCAGCGACGACGAUCAUCACCACGACAAUACCGUUCCGCCCAGGCCAACAACACCCGUUGGAGGCGAGCACCACCACCACCACCACCUUGCUUACCGACAUAAAUCUUGGACAAUAGGUCUGCGGAAAAAAAAGCCUAGUCAUCAUCUUCACCAGAUACAGACGCAAGAAGACUCUAUGUUUCCAUGGCCAAAGACGGCACCGCCAUCGCCCGAUUCGCAAUCAACGACCUCGUCUUCUUCCAGUAGAAACAAGUGGCCUCACUUGGUCCAUCCAAAGCUACACUCGAGCCCUCCUUCAACCACUACCGUUCCCACCAAUGACAAUAAUGAUAGUAGCACCAGCAAACAGUGUUUCCAGCCGGCAGGCGUCACUGUCGAUCCUCCCGAACCACCACCACAAUUGGUGGCGCACCCACCACUUCGCCGUCGAUCCAGUUGUCCAAGCACAGCCAAAUUCCAGGAGCUCGAUUCGCAGCCUACAUCCACUAAAGUAUUGUCCAUUGAAGAUGUCCUGCGUCGUAGCCAACCUGGACCUUCUGUACUGAAAAAGGCCAAGCAACCAACGUUGUCACAACAACAGGAGCAUGAACAACAACAAUCAACAACAGCAGCUGUACCCGCUCGUUCAUUACGUUUACGACGUCGAGUCAGUCAGCGUAAAGAAAGCAAGGCGCUUGCAGUCUGGAAACAAGCGGUUCAACAGGCCUUGACGAGUGUUCCGCCACCAAGACAAAGUAUGGAUAUACCCGAGGAGAAAAAGCUAAAGUACUCCCUGACACGCAAAUUUAUACUACGCGAGUUAUACACGACUGAAGUGACUUUUUGGAAUCAGCUCUAUUUCGCCAAAGUGAUGUUUCACGAUGCUUUAAUGACGGCCAUUUCACGAAACUCGGCGUUUGCUCGCAAAGACGAUUUCGACUUGUUUGCCAACUUGUUUGAUUUACUCCAGUUUUCAGCAAAAUUAUUGCAAAAGCUGCAAUAUUUUGCAGGACUGGAUCAGGUCGAUCCACCUCAUCUCUUGCUUGACGACAAUGACAGUGGUCAUACAAGCAGCAUCGAUGGUGAUGACAACAGCUAUGUGGGUGAAGAUCCUUCGGCACCGGUUGGUUGUGUUGGCGAUGUAUGUAUAGGCAGCACCAUGUGUGAAAUGGCGCAUGAUAUGGUGGUCUUUCUGCGCUGCGCAUUGGACUACAAGGAAAAUAAAAGGUUGCUCAAGAUGAGCAGACACAACAAAGGAUACAGACGAUAUCGAGAAAAAUUGCUGGAACGCCGGGAAACAAGACAAUUUACAAUGAAUGAUUACCUGAUCAUUCCGAUACAGCGCGUGGCUCGAUACAAUCUCUUGUUGACAGAUCUUGUGCGCCAUACCAAUCCUCAAGCUAAUGAUUACAAUGAUAUUGUCAAGGCACAAAAGAUAGUGGAUGGUCUGGCAGUGGCAAUGGAUUAUGCCCAAAAGUAA